GGUUACCUAGGCGACGAGAAAGCCUUCAUCGCCACCCAGGGUCCCAUGGUGAACACGGUGAACGACUUCUGGCAGAUGGCCUGGCAGGAGGAGGCGCCCGUCAUCGUCAUGAUCACCAAACUGAAGGAGAAGAACGAGAAAUGUGUUCUGUAUUGGCCGGAGAAAAGGGGAAUCUACGGGAAGGUUGAAGUUUUGGUGAACAGCGUCAGAGAGUGUGAACACUACACCACUCGCAGCCUCACACUCAAGUGUGGGAAUCAAACCCGCGUGCUGCAGCAUUACUGGUACACAUCGUGGCCCGACCACAAAACUCCCGACUCCACGAUGCCGCUGCUGCAGCUGAUGGCCGACGUCGAGUCAGACAGACGGACGGCCGCCGUCAUUGGACCGGUCAUCGUCCACUGCAGCGCGGGGAUUGGCCGGACAGGCUGCUUCAUCGCCACGACGAUAGGCUGUCGACAGCUGCAGCUGGAGGGAGUGGUUGAUGUUCUGAGCAUCACCUGCCAGCUCCGAGCCGACAGAGGAGGUAUGAUCCAGACAGGUGAGCAGUAUGAGUUCGUCCAUCACGCCUUGAGCCUGUACGAGGCCCGCCUCUCUGCAGACACCGGCCAAUGAGUGCGCACCACCACCACCACGGGAGGCGUCGACUUACACCUGGAAGUGCGCUCACAUAGCGAAGUCUUUAUAGCAGGUAUGAUCUCCGAGAUUUGGGAAUUCUGGAGGAGGUCCUUGAUGGACAACCAGUGAGGACUGCCGUGGGCGGGGCCUGCUG